AGUCACAGAGGGAGGGAGAAAGAAAGGCAGGGAGCCAUACAGAAAUAUCAUAAUACAGGAGACAUAGUAAAAAAAGAAACGGGGAGUUUGUUGUUAGUUUUUUUUUUUUGAAGGGAAUAUUGUAGAAGAAAGAAUCAAAUACGAAACCUGAAGGAACAAAUAUCCAAGAAAGGAAAAGGCAAAAGGAGGAGGUGCACGAGCUGUGUUGACAGACGAGUCUUCCCUUAUUGUGGCUAGCGCUAAAGCUAACUGUCCACAAUCAGCUAGACCACUCUUCCAAGGAGCCAUCUGCUCCCUCCAUCCCCGUCUCCCGUCGGGCGCUAACAACUCCUUCUCUGGCAAAAGGACAAGGAUUCACCAGUCACUGUGGAGAGUAUCGCACCACACUUGGAAACAUGGAGGUGACAUGUAAUGCAGGUGGUGAGGGAGCAGAUCAUGAGAGCACUCACUCUGAAGCCUAAUUCCCUGGACCAGUUCAAGAGUCGCCUGCAGAACCUGAGCUACACAGAGAUCCUGAAGAUACGCCAGUCGGAAAGGAUGAAUCAGGAAGACUUCCAGUCCCGGCCCAUCCUGGAGCUGAGGGAGAAGAUCCAGCCCGAGAUCAUGGAGCUGAUCAAACAGCAGAGGCUCAACAGGUUGUGUGACGGGACCUGCUUCAGGAAAAUCAGUAGUCGCAGGAGGCAAGAUAAGUUUUGGUAUUGCCGUCUGUCUCCGAACCAUAAAGUCCUGCACUAUGGAGAUUUGGAAGAGAGCCCUCAGGGUGAAGUGCCCCACGACUCUUUACAGGACAAACUGCCUGUGGCUGACAUCAAAGCUGUUAUCACCGGCAAAGACUGUCCUCACAUGAAGGAGAAGGGAGCCCUGAAGCAAAACAAGGAGGUGUUGGAGCUGGCCUUCUCUGUUCUCUAUGAGUCGGACGAGUAUUUGAACUUUAUUGCUCCUGACAAGCAUGAGUACUGCGUGUGGACAGACGGUCUAAACGCCCUCCUGGGAAAGGAGAUGACCAGCGAUUACACCAAAUCGGACAUGGACACCCUGCUCUCCAUGGAGAUGAAACUCCGCCUCUUGGAUCUAGAGAACAUCCAGAUUCCAGAGGCCCCGCCCCCCAUUCCCAAAGAACCUAGCAACUAUGACUUUGUUUACGACUGUAACUAGACGAGCGACCCCGAACUCACCCAGCACCUACUGUACUGUUCUCACUGGACCAAUCCCCUUUUCUUAUGAACUGGAACAAAAACAAAUAAACUCACAAAAUAUAAAAAAUGAACUGUGAUUCAAUGAAAAAAGGAUUUCUUGAGCUAUAUUCCUCUUGCUUCUUGCUUGACCUUUCUAAGAGAGAAAAUUGUGUACAUUAAACGGCUCGCUGCCCUUGAGAGGACUCGGGUUUGAUGCAGAGUCAUCAAGUUGCCAUGGAGAAGAGAAACCAGGAAGUAUUUGUUUGGCCUGUCGUUGGUCGUCCUGCGUCUUUGCCCUCACUCUCCUCCCGUGAUGUUUUCAGACAUUCACUCCUCCUUCUCGACCGUGGCGCCCGCUGUCAUUUUGCUUGAAGAGUGUUGUAGACAAAUGCUUAGAAAAUCAGCUUCCUUGUUGUCCUUGUUUACUUCUUUCUUUUUCCUCAGGGCUUCUGUCGGGGGAGGGAUGAUGGUUGUGUAGUUCAGGAGCAGGGAGGGACAGGGUUUUGUGUUUUGUCGUCACCUUUCCUGCAGUAUUUUCUGUCACAUUAUUACCUACAGUAUUUGUGGCAGUUUGUCACAAGGCUGAAAGGAAGGCUAAAGUACAUUUUAAGAGGAAUACUUCAUGAUAAUAGUCUCUUAUAUCUGCUCCGCCUGUUAAACAUAUACUGAAGACUGUUAGAAUAAGCGGAUCCUCAAAAUCAAGGCACUGUAUUACAGUUAAAAGCCUUUCUUUGAAAUAAUGUUGAUAUUACUAUCCCUUUGCUGCUUAUUGCAUAUUGUACACAACUACACAGUGGCUUUGCCAAUACAACUUUAAAAGCACCACCAUUGUGAAACACAUACAAACACACACUCGUCUCUCCCUCAUUUGAGUCUCUCGUUGUAAUGACUGCUGUACACGACAUUCCUAAGCAAUAUUUGAGCUUCUCUUUUGUUUAUCAUUUGUAAGAUGGUCAUAAUUUAGGGAUUUUUUAAUUGUGAAACUGCCUAGUAGUUGGUAUAUAUAUAUAAAAAAAAAAAGGAUGUUAGUGUUUUGAUCAAGGGAAGUUUUUUUUAUGUUCAGGACUAUAUGGCCACAAAUUGAAAGUGUAUGUAUUUUUUUAAUUUAAAAACAGAUCAUGGUUGUAAUCUCUAGUAUGAUUUAUAUAUUUUCCCCUUUCUAUUUAAUACCUUCAGAUGGUUUCUUUAGGAUUUUUCAAAGCCCCUCAAAACUGCUGUUUACAUUAAAGAUUUAAGAACUGUAA